AUGCAGCUACAGUGGAUCAUUUUCGGCUGCUGCGUGGGCUGGACACUUGCUCGGGGCGGAGGCAACAUCCUGCCAAAGCAGAGAGACUUUUUCGAGUGGCUUACGUCGAUUUUUUUGCCACCACUAACGACCACGACAUCGGCACCCACACCCACACCCACCAGCAGCAGCACCUCCUCCUUUCCCAUUGAAAGAGAAUGCGGCACGUGUCGCUGUGGCCUGAUCAACACACUCCACAGGAUCGUGGGAGGACAGGAGGCGCGCAUCCAUCAGUAUCCAUGGAUGGCCGUCAUACUGAUCCACGAUCGCUUUUACUGCGCGGGUUCCCUGAUCAACGAUCUGUACGUGCUCACAGCAGCCCAUUGUGUGACUGGAGUGCCGGCGGAGCUGCUCGCCCUGCGCUUCCUCGAGCACAAUCGCAAUCACCCGAACGUGGAUCUGCUGGUACAGAGAUCUGUCUCAAAGGUCAAGGUGCAUGAGCUGUACAAUGCGCGCAGCUUCGACAAUGACAUCGCCCUGCUGCGUCUCAGUCAACCCGUGGAUGUGCAGGGUCUGCACCUGAGACCCAUUUGCCUGCCCGUCCAAGGUCACAGCUUUGAGCACGAGAUGGCCAUUGUCACGGGCUGGGGAGCCCAGACAGAAGAUGGAUUUGUCAGUGAAAGUUUACAGGAGGUGGAUGUACUCGUAAUACCCCAAAGUGUUUGCCGCAACUGCACUGCGUACAAACCCAAAGAUAUCACGGACAAUAUGCUUUGUGCCGGACAGCUGGUUGAGGGCGGGAAGGAUGCCUGUGGCGGCGACAGCGGUGGACCCCUUCAGGUGACCUUCGACGAGCGACCGGGCCAGUAUCAGCUUGCAGGGAUCGUGUCCUGGGGCGUGGGCUGUGCCCGACCCAAUGCGCCCGGCGUCUACACGAGAGUCAAUCAGUAUCUGCGCUGGCUAAGUGCGAAUACCCCCGGAGCCUGCCACUGCAUACCCUCUCCCUCAGAGGAUUACUAA